AUGGCCACGUUGCCAGGGUCCGCAGAUGGCAAGCAUAUGUAUCAGACCGGGGACGUCCGCUCGACAGGAUCGGUGGAUGCGUGGAUUGAGACUACGGAACAGAAGCUGCGAAGGCUGGACGGCGCAGUGAACAUGGCUGGCGUGAUCACGAAGACGGCACACGUUGAUCAGGUGGAGGGACAAGGAUUGGGAGUUCGUAAUGAGCGUCAAUGCGACGAGGGUGUUCAAGUGCUUGCGAGCAGAGCUGACAGCGGACGACACCAGGUCUCUGCAGCAAGUCCGUUUGGACAGGUUGGAGCGCCGGGCAAUGUCGCAUAUUGCGCGAGCAAAGCCGCUGUCAUAGCGGCGACACGAACGGCGUCAAAGGAGAAUCAGGAGAUCCGAGUGAACUGCAUUGCUCCAGGUCCAGUGAACACGCCACUUUCGGCCAGCAAAAAUCUGGAGGAUGUCAAGCAUAGCUUGCAGAUAACAGCGCAGAAGCGGAGAGCCGAGACGGGCGAAGUGGCAAGUGUCAUAGCCUUCUUGCUGAGCGACGAGGCGUCUUUCGUUACUGGAGCUGUAUAUAAUGUUGAUGGUGGUUGGGUGUGCUGA